GUUUACGGUCUUACUCAAAGUUAAUUAGUAGUAAAAACUUACAAGUCAACUCUCGGCUACGAAAAUUUACAAAAAUAAUAAGUUAAAAUGUGCGAAUAUGAGUUUUCUGAGACUGCAUAUACAAAAAUCAUAUUUCAUGCAGCGAAAUACCCACACCAAGCUGUGAACGGUCUGCUGCUGGCCGAGAAGAAGACAAAAGGCUCUAUAGUCCAAAUCACAGAUGCAAUUCCUCUUUUCCAUCAGUGCCUGGGCGUUACUCCUAUGGCAGAAAUAGCCCUAAUGCAGAUUGACGCUUACGCCGAGAGCGCGGGAUUGGUAAUUGCCGGCUACUAUGCUGCGCCGGAGAACUUUUACGACAAUCAAAUCGAGAAGGCGCCAGCUGCCAAAAUCGCGGAUAAAAUACAGGAGAACUUCAAGAACGCCUGCUUUGCCAUUGUUGACAACAAGCUCGUUUCACUGGAGCACAAACGAGCUGCACUGCAGGUGUACAGCUAUGCGAGUGACUCGAACCGCUGGUCAAAGGCCAAAUACUCGCUGGUGAACACGUCGCAGACGCUGGAGGGAGUGUCGCUGCUGCUGAAACGGGGCGCUAUGCGGGAUGUGAUUGAUUUCGACAAUCAUCUGGACAAUCCCGAGAACGACUGGACCAAUCAGUUCUUGAAUCAAUCCCUGAAAGAUCUGCAGAAGCUGUACUAGUCCAGAAAAGUUAUCCGUUAUCUAAGUGUGUUAAAACUGUUAGCAAAUUGUGUGCAUUUCCAAAUGAGAAAGACCAGAGCCGGAUUUUCAACCUUGCAAUUUAAUUUAUUGUAUGUAAUUACAAUUGGAUUUCAGUAAUCUUUAGAAUAAUGCAUAUAAGUUAAAUAACAUUCAACUAAUUAAUAAAUAAUCAAUUCAUUCGUAUUUGCUUUUGGAGUACAUGUCCUAGCCCUAUCCGAUUUGUAAGAGUCUAGUCCGUCUGUCGUCCGUGUCCUGUGGUGUCGUGCGCGUCCUUUAAACCUAAACAUGUUUACAGUUACCAUAUUAUAAUAAAUACAAAUGAAUAAUAUGCAUAGAA